UAAUUCCUAUAGCUACCCCACUCCGAUAUUUUGCUGGUGAAACCACAUAUCUACCAGAAUUGAAGCAGCCUCUCUCUCUUUUUAUAGGAGAAAAAGGCUAGAGAACUAUCCUUUUCUUUUUCCUUCUCUCUCUUCCUUUUCUCUUUCACUUGAAACCCUAAUACUUCAUCCUUUUUAAAAUCUGUAGUAGUAAAGUAAUCCAAAACCCAGGACAAAGAAAGAGGCAAGAGACAUAGCAAAGACUUCUCCUACCCUCCCAAGUCCUAAACAAAGUAACUUGUAUUCACAACUUCUCUGCACCAAGUAUAUUAAAUGCAUGAUCAUCCGUGGGCUGUUUAUUCCCUUGUUUACGUAACACUACCCUUUUGCACAAACACAGAUUAAGUAAAAGUGAUCCAAGCACUGUGUCUGUGUGGCAGUUGCAGUCUCGCAGAGAGCCCUUAAAGACGUGGGUGGAAGGAAGCACUUUCUCAAGAAAACUAGCUUGUCUUUCCACAACCAGAAAAAAACUCUCACUCUCUCUCUCUCUCUCUCUUGUCUCGCUCCCAUACCUCAUUCUGUAGCUACCACAGCACCUUCUUAAAUGCACACUUGUUGUAUGUGCAAGUAAUCAGAAUCUCUCUUCACUUUGUCUCCCUCACGUCUUUCCAUUUUCUGCUCUCAUGGAUUCGGCCAACACUAGCGGGAGCUUGCAAUCCUCAAGCGGCGCCGAUGAAGAGUACGAUUCACGCGCCGAAUCAUCACCACUCUCUGCGUUCUUAACCAACCAACCACAACCACCACCACCAAGCCAAGUUGUUCGCUUUAUUCUACCAUCACAACAACAACAGCACCAUCACCAAAACACCCACAUGUUCGACCCUUUAUCAAACUACUUGGAUCCCAUCACACAAAGUUCAACAUCACUAUUAAACCUUGACGUGAUGUGGUCCAAAACAGGUAGAUCCGAAUCAAACCAAACCGAUCUUGUUGGGUUGAUACCUUGUUCAUCAUCCUCAGUACCCUCGCCACAUAACGAAGCUUUUGUGUCAAGUCAAACACGAGGGAACAAUAGUGGUGCUUUUCCUACCUUGCCUCCAGAAAGUGGUUCCCGCGGACUAAUGCUUUCAGUGUCAGCCGCCAACAAUGAUCAGAUUCAAACCCACAACAACAACAACAACUGCAACGUGGUUCGAAACCCGAAGAAACGGUCAAGAGCUUCUAGGCGUGCACCUACCACUGUGCUAACCACAGACACCACCAAUUUCCGAGCCAUGGUUCAGGAAUUCACUGGCAUCCCAGCACCACCCUUCACAUCCUCGUCUUUCCCGAGAACAAGGUUGGAUCUCUUUGCUUCCACCGCAACACCAACUUUGAGAUCCAACGUUAACGUUAACCCUUUCGACCCUCCAACACAACCUCCUUACCUUCUUCGCCCCUUUGCACAAAAACUCCAACUUCGAAGUCUUCACCCGUUUCCUCCCUCCUUUUCCAACACUUUACUACCACCUUCAACUAACUCUCCUACUAAUUCAACUUCCAUUAACUACCACCAACAACAACAACAACUAUCUGAGCAUUUCGGCCUUGCGAAACAGCCUUUCAACUUUAACAACACCACCCCAGACACUAGUACUCUUGAGGCAUAUCAUCAUCCCAAGUACACUCUUGGUAACUCUUCUUCUGUUCUUGUCUCCAGAACACAACAACAACACUCCUUGGAAAUUCCGCCGAAUCUCAAAAUGGGGUUGUAUGAGGAACUGGAACUGAGACACGACCAUGUUAACACCGACCUCGGAUGUCUUCAUCAGAACAUGGUUUCGUCAACAUCAGUUGGAGUGGGAGCAUUGUCAAGUGACAACAACAACAACUUGAGUAAUGCUACUAAUUCUUCAACGGAAUGGGCCCAGAGAACGGGCACCAUUACCAACAAUGAUUGCGAUCACGGAAGAGGAGGAGGAGCUCUCAGUGGCACUGUUAACUACAACGACAUUGGGGAGGGAGCUGUAGUCACUAAUGGCAAAGUACACUACUCAGCUUCUUCAUCGGAUUUUCAUGGAGAGAAGGGACCAGACUUCACUGUAACUACUGCAGCCAGAACUCAAGGUAUGGUGGAAUCCUGGAUUAAUUGUUCUUCUGAUUAAAGCAUAUGGGCCAGCAAACAGAAUAAGAAGAAGAAAAAAACGAUUGAUGUUUAUGAUUUCAUAAAGUUUAAAGCAAUUAAUGGUGCUAUAUGCUAGUAUAAUUCUAAUGCAUGAAAGACAGAAUCUUAUUUGGUAUCCUCAGCUUAACUAUGACCAUCGAAUUAAUUAAUUAAACACUAUUUUUCAUAUAUUUCUUUUUUCUUUUCAUUGUGUUUUGGUUCCCCUCAAAUUAUGUGUAAAUAAGUAGCAGCUAAUUAACUUCUCUCUCUCUCUCAAUUAUUGUUUUCCCCUCAAAUUAUCUUGAGUUGUGCUUUUAAUAAUAUAUAUAAAAGGAUCCUGGUGGUUUCAAAGUGUUUAUCAUAUCACUUUAUGUAUUUUGUGUCUUUACUAUGUCAAUUGGAGUUAGAUUAUAAUAUAUGGAUCUUGGUUUUGACUUGGGAGAGUUUAAGAGAAAUACUACUAUUGUAUAAUCUUUUGCGUUGAUUGAACAGGAUUAAAAAAACAGAAUGUGUGUGUCUCCCUCUCUCUUCUUGUUUUUGAACGCCUUCAAUUCAUUUGGCAUCUUAUGUACAUUCUGCAGUGUAAAGAUCUUCUUCUCUCUCUCUUUUCAGUCUUUAAUUUAACGCCGAUUAUAAAGUUGUGGGUUCUAGGAGUAAUUGGUGGCGACAUUUGGGGAAUUCUUAGCCGCCGCAUUCUUGUUUUAUCGAAAUCAAAGACAUCUUCAUAUGUUUCCAACUUUUCAAGAUUAUGACAAUAACAUAUAAAAACACAUUACACAUGGGCAUGUA